CAGACUGCUGGUGGUGACGGGACCAUGUUCAGGCUUCUGAGAAGGGUUUUGGGCUUCUUUCGGAAGUGGGAAGACCCCGCCGAGGAACAGUGCGUGCAGCAGCCGGAGCUCCCACAAGAUGAAAUCGAGUUGAAAACUGUGCAAGGAGUUGUGACAAGUUUCUUUUGCGAUUACGGCUUGAUUAAUAAAUCCAUCUUCUUCAGUAGUGAUGUUGUGACUGGCAAUGUGCCUCUAACAGUUGGACAACAAGUUACUGAAGUUGUUGAAGAUAAUAAAACUUCUCAUGGAUUGAAAGCAAUCAGAGUGGAUGCUAUGCCUUAUCAUUUUGGUGGAGCUGUAUCAUCAGACCCAGAGACUAGAGUUGUACUCGGUUAUGUUACUUCUAUAAGGAAAAGUAUUAUUUACAUUAAUAAAAACUUUUACUUCCCUGUGGACAUUGUUUCUGAAGGUUUUGUGCCUUAUGAGGGUGACUGCUUGGAAAUUGAGUAUUCCAUUCAGCCAGACACCUCAAACAUCAAGGCACACUCAGUGAAGCCGGUGAAUUGUAAGCACGUGGAUCAGGUCUGUGUCACCAGUGUAUGUGGAAGAAAUGGGGUGAUAGAUGGUGCUAUCUUUUUCACGUUGGAUUCUCUGAAAUUUCCUUUUGGAUACAUACCUCAAAAAUAUGACAUCGUCAAUGUGGUCAUGGUGGAGAGCAUGCAGCCAUGCUGUAUUUGGAGAGCAGUUUCUAUCACCCCAGUGCAAAGUUUGGUUGAUGUGGAAGAAUGUUCUCUGAGAGUAACAGUGGACUAUGGGAAGCCCCAUCAGGUGGUGACUCAAUCACAGCUCUGUUUCACCAACAUCCUCACUGGAUAUUUACUGAGAACCCAUCAUACGGCAGACACUGUUCUAGAUCCUGGGGGCCCGGUAGACAAGAACAACAAACAAAAUCUCCGCUGUCGUGAAGCUGACAUACAAGUGGGAAGAGAUAGACAAUACUCUGGUAAACAUAGCAGUAAAUAA